GUGAUGGUUAGGGUAAAGAUAAGGGGCUAAGGAAGGCAUUAUCUCAAUGGGGAGUCCCCACGUAGAUGUAGAUAUGAAACAAGACUGUGUGUGUGUGUGUGUGUGUGUGUGUGUGUGUGUGUGUGUGUGUGUGUGUGUGUGUGUGUGUGUGUGUGUCUGUGUGUGUCUGUGUGUGUCUGUGUGUGUGUGUGUGUGUGUGUGUGUGUGUGUGUCUGUGUGUGUCUGUGUGUGUCUGUGUGUGUGUGUGUGUGUGUGUGUGCGUGUGUGUGUGUGUGUAUGCAUGUAUGAGGCUGUUCAGCAGGAUGCGCCCGCCUUCAGACCUCAUGAGACCCUGUUGUGUGCAGGCCUGUGUUCAGGGCCGUCCAACAGUACAAAAACCAACAGAGGAAAUGAUCCGCCUCUUUAAAGUCAAGCUCCAGUUGAGUUUAGUAAAGACUUGUCCCAGCGACACGAUCACACAGACAAUGAGGAACUAUUCCUUGGUACCAGCUUUACUUCUCUGCAGUGUCUGCUGGAUCGGUGCCUUUGACUUUCACGCUGUCGACGUUCAACCUGGUGACGGCGUCACGCUGCUGUGCUCCAACUUUUCUGCAGCUCAAACCCAGAUCGUAUGGUUCCGAGCCGUCAAGAAACUGAAGCCUGCCUGCAUUUGUUUCAUGUUCAGUCCUCCUGAACCUGCUUCAUUCUGCGGAGGCUUUACCAGUCUCACAUUUGAAGCAACAACCAACAUCUCUACGCUCUUCCUCAAAAUCAAGGGAGUGAAUUUGUCUGACUCUGGAUUAUAUUUCUGUGGAUAUAACCAAGGGUCAGACCCAGUCAUCGUCAGCGCAACGUACGUAGAGGUUCAAGGUUCAGAUUCAUAUACAGCUGUAAAGCAGAUUUCUGGGAUCUUUGGUGGUCUGACUGUUUUCCUCACUCUGCUCAUCGUUGGUCUGGUUGUCAGAAUCAAGAAGCUUCAAGAUCAUACAGAAGAACACAGUCCACAAAACACCAGGAGUCAGGGAUCGGAUGAUCUGAACUAUGCAGUAGUGAGCUUUCGUCCGAAAUCAAGCAGAAACCUCAGCACUGCAUCAGAAAGUAAAGUGGAGAACAAUGCAAUUUAUUCAGCCACCAGAGCAGAGGAAGCACCUGGAACCAAUGCAAACCAACUCUGUGCAGGGAAGGACUUUGGCCAUGGUUCAGUAGAAACCCUGAAUCCCAGUGAGGCUAGAACCAAGGCACUGGUCCAACACUGACCUCUAGUGUGUCUACGCAGGUUAAUCAACCCUCACCGUGGAGGAAAACCAGCCCAACGCAGGCCUGCUGCAUUAGGCCGGUGUUUUGUUUCUGUCUUUAUGUCUGUUUACGUACUUUUAUAUUGUAAUUCGAUCAUUAUUGCUCUGUUGGUAGAACACGGCUUGUGAAGCACGAGGCUCCAGGUUCAAGCUCCGCCUCUGGCUCCAGGUGUGUCCACUGCUCCCACUGGGGAUGCGUUAAACGCUGACAACCCAUUUCAUUGUGACAAUGUACCAAGUGUGAUAAUGACAAACAUGGGCUUUCUUUCUUUCUAUAAACUUGCACAUUUGCUAAACAAUUUUGUCUACAUUUGAUGUAGUACGUAAUGUAUUGUAUGGGUGCAUUUAAUGUAAUUCCCUGUGUGUCCACUAGAGGGAGAUCUUAGAAAGUAACCUAUCUCUAAGUGUGUGUAGGGCACAUUGAGUGUGUUACAGUACGUUAUAUGGUUGUGUUCUCAUUAAUCAUAAUUAAUUGUCAUGUCAUUUCAUGUCAUGCUCUAAUUGACACCAUCUAACUAUGAAUACAUUAGUACAAGCUGUUUGUCUUUGCAAAGGUCACCAAGACAUUCUAUGAGUUGGCAAACACUGGUUGUUUCACCUAAAUAAAUUAGUUCCUCGUUU